UUUUUAAAUAAAAACUUCAAACAGAAAACCAUAAAUAAACUGGAUUAUGAAAUCUCUGUAAACAAAACUGUCCUUCAAGAAACGCAAAUCAUCCGAACGGAAAUGAUUGAGCUCAUUUUAAUUUAUCAUAAUAAUUGCUUAUUGCGACAGGCUUAGGUGUGCACUACUUUGUGGCCAGCAGUCCACUUUUAGAAUAAUGAAAUGUGUCAAAAAUACAAAGAGAGGAAAAUGGAUGCAUUGAGCAUGGACAAAUUGUUCCCCUGGAAUUUUCUUGUGUGGUGUGUAUCUGUGUGGACUUUUUCGACGGACUUGCUGUGGAUUAUGUUUGCUUUGAGACAUCAGACUGAGGGUGAGCUUGGUAGGAACCUGUGCCGAAUUCACUCCUCCAGUCCCUAAAUGUACAGAAUCUUAACAAUGCACUUUAGCCAAUUGUAAACAAGACCUUAUUUGUCAGAGUGUAAUAUUUUUUUUCCUGUUACUCUUCUUUACAUUAACUUUUCAUGUCUGUUUCAAUCUAUACGUGACUAAGCAGCCAUAGUUUUAGAAAACCAUUACUUCGGUCAUAGAGAUGCAUUGAUACAAAUGUUGGGGCUAGUUUCCAAUCCUCCGGUUUUUGUAAAACUUUGACCUGCCGAUGUGAUUGUAUCCGAUUCCAAAUUCUCUUUAAGAGUUGCUACUUAAAACUGACAUUGAUAAUGUUUUACUCUACACUUUCUGCACAGAGCAGUCCUUAUUAGGCAUUGGAGACCACUGAUGCAUUACUUGCAAUGUAUAUCGCUAAUAUGGCUAAUGUACAUUACUGUUGGUAUAUGUCGUUGAUAGAGACCGCCAUCUCUACGAGAGAUUGGUGACUGUAAAAUCGGAUUUUGCUAUCCUUAAAACAAAAAACUAUUUUAGCAUCUUAAAUUAGCAUUAGCAUGGCUAGCAUUGUUAAAAUCCCAGUCUUCAAGUUUAUUCCCCAGAGUAGCUCCGUAUCUUAAGUCUACUAUUUCCCAAAAUAACCUGUAUUGUAAGUUCUAAAGAAAACAACAGAGUAACUUUGCUUUAGCUAUCCUCUUAUCUGCUGAAAGCAUUUCUCUCUUUUGCGUCUGGAACCACGAAGAUUUCUUGACAUGUUGUAGAAUUUUUUUUCCUCUCAAAUAUCUUCUUAGGGCGUUGCGUGCGUGGUGCAGUGGUUGGAGCGAACACCCCGCACAGAGGCUACUGACCUUGAUGCGGCAGCCCCGAGUUCGAGUCCCAUCCUCUGCACCUUUGCCACAUGUCUCUUCACCCUUUUCUCAGCCCUCGUCAUCUCUCUGAAAUUCAACAUGGCUAACUUUGAGUCUUCUACACUCAGUAGCAACUUCCACGUUAUGGAGAGUUAAUAUCACUGAAACAUGGUAGCACUCCUAUAUCAUUAAGAUGAAUGAUUUCAACAAGAUUUUAUUUUUGAUUUUUCCAGCUGAUCAAACCGAAACUUGACCCUGGUCACCAACCACUGGCUCGGUGCAUCUCUCCUCAAUAGCCACUAGAAACCGAACACCAGGAAGGAUCUAAAAAGCUCAAAGAAAAUACCACAGUUUUAAAGAGAUCAUAUAGUUUUUGACUUAAUGUAACAGCUGGCUGGUCUGACUCAGUAAAGACAGAGUCUUCACUACCUUUAUAUACAGUACAUGCGUUUUUAAACCCGUUUCCAUCAUUGUUCUCUUACCUCAGGCAUUUCGACUGUAUCGCAAGUGCUUACGUGUGCAAUCUUGCUCAUUGAUCAUGUGACUUUUAAUAAUGUGCACUGGCUGUAAACAAGCAGCUUUUUUCUUUCUUAGUGAUCGACCAUCUCUUUUUCAGAUUAGAAAGCUUUGAGCUGUGUUUUCUGCAAGCUUCUAUCUGGACUCAUUUCAUAUGAAUUUUUAACUUUACUGUAUAAAUCCAUUAAUUUAUACAUCAUGUUGUUUUCAUUGUUACCACCGGUUGAAAGUAUUAAUUUGUAUAUAGUUCCCUGAAAACCACCAUGUUGCAUUCUGAAAUGGUGUUGCAGCCAUGCUGUCUCAUUAGGAAUCGGUUCAGCUGAGUUGACAUUGCGCUCUGUAAAUAGUUGAAAUAAAUGUUUCCCACGUUUUACUCUCUGUAUCCUCAUGUGACCAACUUUCUGUCCUUUUCUAGUUUUCAGGAAUAUAUUCUAAUUUUUCCUUUUAAGCACUCUGCCUCCUCUGUUUGAAAUUCUAUUCCGUAGCUAUUUACAAAACAAACUAACAAAAAUGGAUAGUAAGCAGGGGGUGUUUUAUAGUCUGGAAUUAAUUUGUUUAUUCAAAAGAAAUGAAAAAAAAUUGAUUUGCUACAAAAGCUCAAGUCACUCAAAGCAAAAAGCAAGCUUUUCCCAUUAUAUUUAUUUCUCAGUAAAAAGGUACAAUUACACACAUGGUGCACAUAAUUAAGAUUAUUUGGCAUUUUGAAGGAAGUUUGCUGUGUUUAAAUCUUGACAUUUAGGUUUGGUGCUCCUGACAGUUGGACUGAGAGUCAAACCCAAAGAAAGAUUUGAUGAGCUGCCUGACUAUCUCAAGGAAGAUUGUUGCAGCUUCUGGGUCUGCUAAAGGAUUCAAAGAGGUCUUGUAUAAUUCAAAACCACUCAUGACCCUGUGUGGAAAAAAGUCUACAUGAAAAACAUCAUCACAGUUUGUACAGCAGGCCCUUGCUGAUGUUGCUGUGAAAGUGUGUUCCUCUGCAGAGACUGCGAAAUGUCACUUUUCACAAUAAUCUACGUAAAACUGAACAGAGGAAAUGUUUGGUGUAAACCAGAUGCAGCAUUCCAGGACAAGAACAGCAUCCUAACUGUGAAGCAUGGAGAGAAAUCGGUAUCGAUUUUAGUGCAGAUGAGUAAAUGUCCAAGUUUAAACUGGAAAGCUUUGACUUUCCAGUCAUCAGAUGGGGGACAGAGCAGCGAACCUCCAUCAUUAAUGGUUGGUAUAACAACACAGGGGCUUUCAGAGGUUGCUGAAAUGUACAAGGUCAAAACAAAGUCCAUUUUUGUUUUAAGUUUGUCAUAUUUAUAACUCAGAAACAUGAGGCCAAAUCACCCGUAACAUUGCAAUCUGCAUUAAUUACAAAAAGAUGUGAGGAAGAGGCUAUUUUUACUACCUGCAGUAGAAAUCAACAGCAUAUCUUUAAUAUGGAUUAAAUUGCUUUAUUGCUUUUAUUUCUAUCAUUAAAACCUUUUGGCUAUAUAAAGCAGGCUCAUUAAAAAGAGCUGAAAGCUAAGUUAACCUAGCGUUCUUUGUGUUGUGUCUAGCCCUAAAAUGUUGAGUUAAUCUUAACAAAUAAAGGUUACGAUGGUUAAUUAUUGUUUCUGUUAAGAGGGAAACCAAAAUAAAGCGCACAGUAUAUCUUAAAUAUAUAUAUUUUUUUCACAUAGAUUUUUAUCUUUCUAUCUCCUUUGGUCAUUUGCCAAGAGGCGUGGUACGCUCUUCACAGGUUGCCUGUCCAUGACAACACCGAGACGUGAAACACAGGAGCACACGCUCAUACCAAAGGGCAAAUCAGUGAGACCAAUUAACACAACAGUCUUGUUUUUAGACUGUGGGAGGAAUCUGGAGUACCUGGAGAGAACUCGCACCUCCACAUGGAAAACGUGCCAAGUCCAUGCAGAAAGACCCCAGGCUGGGACCUUCUUGCUGCGAAGCAUCAGUACUACCACUCUUUAGUUGUGCCUGGCCAUAAACAUUAUUUUAUCAAUCUAAAAACUCGUUACAGGUUCUUGAGUUUAAAUUCUUUAGCAGUCUUUGACCGCUAACCGUUUUCUCCGUCUCUUUAGCAUUGUCUCUCUUUGAUAUUCCUCUCCUGUCUUUCUUGCCUCUUGUGUGUUUGUCUGAGUUUUGUCUUUCAGCUACAAAAGCUUUUCAGGACCGGGUCAUUAGCUAUGCAGGGCUUCCUCUCUGCUCAGUGUCUGGUGUAGCGACCGUUGUCAUGCCCGAGAUUUUGGUCUUCCGCUAACAAACAUAAAGUUUGCUCCCGCUUCCCACCACACACGCGCGCUCGCGGCCAUGGAAGGAGACCGUCCACGUCUGCUUGCAUCACUCGCAUCACAUGAUGUCCUGAUUCUGCUGCUUUUUUCCGUUUGCAUAAUUCCUCAUUGUUGUUCGUUUCUUUUUGUUUCCCGUAGGACUAACAUGUGACAAACGUUGCAACUGACUUUAUUUAACCAGUUCUGAAAAUUGAGCAGAACGGGCACAUCAAAAUUUGUUUCCUCCUUUAUGGUAUGAAUCAGGUUUAGCAUUUAAAGGUGAAUGUGCUGGAAGCUCCCAGCAGAACAUUUUGUACAAAUACCACUGGCUUUAUUGAGUUCCAGCUAAUUAAUUUACAAAUCAAAAGCAUUUUGUUUUUUAUGUCCUGGGAGUAUGAUUCUAACACUUACUGAACAGUUUGUGCACUGCUUUUAUUAUAAAUAAAUUAGAUAUCAAUAACAGUGAGACAAAGUCAUGUGAAAAAAUGUAAAUCCUAUUAAAUAUUUUAUUCUUCAGGUGUCCAGAUACCAAUCUCUAAGUUUGGUUUAUGUCUGGAAAAUACAGACUGCGGCCACAAACGACAUAAAUUAAGAUUGUUUUACUCAUUAAACGAAAUGUAUCAACAAAAAUGUAUUUUCUAGCCAGUGAAGAUAAAAGUUAGGACACCCAAUACCCUUCACAGAGUCGAGAUUAGCAUUUAGAGCCAGUUCACCUCAUUUGGCUGUAGUACGUCAGUGGGAUUUUGUGAUCUACCAGUUGCAGAUAUCACUCUGCUGAAUCUACAUAACAUUACAGAAAUAUCCCUAUAAAACACCUCAAAUUAAGUUAUUAAAUAAAAAAAGUGCUACAUAUCAUAAAUUUUCCAGUUGUAAAACUUAAAAAAAAAUUUGCAAACCACAAAAAUUGAGAAAACUAUGAGCUUAUGAAGCCUCCCUCUAUCAGCCAGUAGAUGGCAGCAGUCUGUACAGAGAUAAACACUAACGAGCACUAUGGCGCUGUCUGUCCCUUGAUAGUGGAGCCAAGAACCAGCAUGGGAAUAUCUGUCAUGUCCAAUUAGUUUCUUGCUGCCUUCCAGCUCUCUUUUUGUAGUCUGGUUGUGUGUGUAUGUGUGUGUGUGUGUAUUUGAGUUUUACUGUAUCCCUGGUGUUUUAACACUUGGCUAUACAGGCUUGAUAUUUAUGGACAUAUUUGACUUUUAAUAUCUCACCUAAAGAUCCGGCGAACUGUGUGUUUCUCCGUGAUGUUUGCUCGUGUUUGCAGUGCCCCCUCGCUUCCCUGUUUGUGUGUAUUUAAAGCAUCCUCUUCAUCCUCAGGUAAAGACAGAGCUGGGUGGAGAGGGAAGGAGAAGGGCGGUGGUGGAGGUGGAGGUGGGUUGAAAACGACAAGCAGACGGACAGCGUCUUUGAACCCCAUCCCUUCCUCCCCGCCUCCGCCUCCUCCACGCCCCCCUCUUCGCUCUCGUCGCAAAUCCAAGUCGCCGUCGUCCCGCUACAAUCGCACGGCCCCAAAACAAGCCUUGGACGUGGACAAAAUCGGAGGCGGCUCAAAGUCGGAGGACGUCAGGAAAGCCCGUAACGGGUCCCGAGACUUGCGGGGGCAGCACUUUUCAGAGCUGGACAGGAAGUGGGAGGGCGUUGCCCUGGAGCUGCAGUGUCGUGGCAGCAGGAUGAGGUCAGCGGUGUACCAGACCUCAGAUCUUCCCUCUAUGGUGAAAGCCAAGAAACAGCUGGACCAGGGUUACAGCAGAGGGCAGAUAGACCGCAGCAAACUGAAAGCAACUUUUGUCUAAAGACCCUGAUGUUGGUCUGACUCACAGACUGUGACUCUGACGACACUGAUGGGCUGACUCACUGACAGCUGAUGCAUCGCCUUGAUUUAAAGCUGGAGCAGAGAACUCAGCAAAAACAACUGUGCAGCUGGUUGCAGACUCCCCACUGAAAGCUGCUAUUAGCCGACGACAGGAAGAGAUUAAUCAAAACCUUUGCUCCACCUCCCUAUGUGGUCAAACUUAUUGCUCGGAGGUGGAAAUGAAUUUUAACUGAAACACAAUUUUUUAUUUUUUUUAACAAAACUUUGCCUUGUAACACUUUCUUCUAUAACUAUAAAGAAACAUACUUAAUCAGACAACUACAGAAUUAGCAUGUAGUCAUCGUUUUAGAAGAUGCUUGCCUUCAACUUGAUAUUAUGAAGAAUUUAUUUGGUUACUGGAUUUGAAAAAAGAAGUGAAUUGUUUAAAAAAAACAACUAUGACUUAAAUGUGAUUUAAGCAACAAAACAUUGAAUCAUUAAUUAAUCUUUAAUUAAUUGAGUACCAUUAUUUAAGACCUAGUUUUCCUCAUGAGGUUUCACAGUUAAUCUAGAGCUUAUAGCAUCGUAUGUUUAUUGUAUAAGCUAUGUCUACUAUGCUGCUUAGAGUAUCAGUGUAGUUUGCAGUUUAAUCACAGAAAACAUCUUGUUUAUUAUUAGUUAGUCCACCAUUAAAAGAGUUGGCCUUCCAAAGUAUCUCUUUAAGAAAUUAUACGUUAGUCUGGUAAUUGGUUAAAAUCUUUUUGGUAAUAUUGUACCAAAAAUAUGGUACGUUGUCUUAUUUUUUUUUUAGAGCCAGAUUGCAAAAAUAAGUUACAGUUCUAUCCAUGUAACUGGUUUAAUAAGAAAUUAAACCAGCCACCAAGAACCAGCUGAAGUUUCUUUAGCUGUUCCGCUAACUGAAGUUGGCUUUUGCUGCUUACCAAGGUGAAGUCUUUUUAAAUAAUAGAUAAAAAACAACAUGGUUUAAUAUGAUGGCGAUAUUAAUUGAGCCAUUAAGGUGAGUUUUGGCAUCAGCCAUCUCCUUCCUUUAUAUUACUGGUAGGGUAAGAUAUUUAUUGGUUUUUAAAAUAAAUGUAAAAAUAUGGAUAAUUUUUGAAAAAAUAGAGUAAAAAUGAUCAUGGGGUUUUUAAUUAAGUCACCAAGAGCUCGUAUAAGUAAACGACAGGGACGCUGCACUUUCCGAUUGUGUCACUUCCUAAAUUACUUGUAAAUCUCCUCACUUAAAAUGACUUGCAACAGAACAUCAUCUGACUUGGCUAAAAACGACAAAAAUGUCAACAUAUUUUUCUGGGUUGAAUUAAAACCGACUACUGGGUAACCUUAAACAUCACUACAAAGAGACGUCUGUUCAAGUCUAGGGACACUUUGUGUAAAAAUCUUUCUAAAAUAUCUUUAAUUAUGCAUUUUUUUUCCACACCUAAGGCAAACAUUUAAGUGUAGAAUUCUGUCUUAAUAAAAAUAUUUUUUACAAAACUUUUUCGCUGAGGGACCCAAAAACAUAAAUGAGACGGGACAUUUUCAGCGCCCUUAUUCACUGCAUGUAUUCUCGUUUCUUUUCUCAUUUAAGGCUCGGCCAAGAGCUGUGAAAGGAACAAUGAUUUUCAGCGAGGCCAUGCUGUUUUUAUUUUUAUCACUUGAUGAAUAAAUACGAAAUGCAGAAGCGGACGGCCAAGCGAAUGGUUAUUUUAAUAAAAACAUUUCACUAAAUGUUCUGGUGAUUUACCUGGUUAUCUCUGUAUCGUCUGCCGGCUUUUCACAAGUUAACCUUCAUUCGCACAGACAGAGCCGAGGCUAAGAAGAUCAGCACUGAGCCGACGCGAAUCCCCGUCUAACACCCGGCUGAGAAAAUACUGCAGGAGUUAAAGUGUAUGGUGCGCAAGUUAUGUGCUUUUAAUCAAAUUAGCUACAUUGCAGACAAUAAGCACUCGAAGCCGGUGGACAACUGUACUGAGUUGGCAGUGGGCUGGUGGCUCCCCCCACCCCGGGGUCUUAGUGAGAGGGAGGGAAAGUGUCUGCUGUCUGGACCCUGGGCUGUAAAGGCUAUUUUGAAAAGUUGCCCCAUCUCUUCCUCACUCUCUCUUGCACACACACUCACACACACACACAGCUGCUAGAAACCAUGACAGAAGAUGACGGAUACAGUUGUCGCAGAGGGACAAGUCAAGUUUAGAGAUGGAAAAAAGUGGAAGACUCGUUGGGUUGUUCUCCAGAAGCCCUCCCCGGUCGCAGAUUGCUUGACUUUACUUGUGUGCAAGGAGAAGAAGAAAGGGAAAAGCGGCGGACACAAGGAGAGGCUGAAUGUAACACUGGAGGGGAUCUGUGGUGUGGAGCCAGGAACCGGGUAUGACGGCGUGCCCUACACUCUGUCCAUCCUCUGCCUGGCAAGAACCCUCAUCCUGGGUUUUAAGAACAGAGACGCCCUGCUGACCUGGGAUGCUCGGAUCCGCUACAGCCUGGGGGAAGCCCACAGGUUCUUUGUCAGUGUGGAACCAGGCACCAAGCUGGAAAGUGGGCCCGCCUCCCUUCAUCUGUGCAACAACCUGCUGGUCCUCAGCAGAGGCCUGCCGCCGGUGGUGAUUGGUCACUGGAAGCUGUCGGCUCUGCGUCGAUACGGUGCCGUGCCGCAUGGCUUUGUGUUUGAGGGAGGGACUCGCUGUGGAUUCUGGUCCGGUGUUUUCUUCCUGUCUUGCUCAGAAGGAGAGCAGAUCAGUUUCUUAUUUGACUGCAUCGUCAGAGGAAUCGCCCCCAGCCGAGCCCUGCAUGGCGUGUCCACCAACCAGCCAGCAGGUCGGGAUGCGGACCCCGCCUCCGCAGAGAAACGGAUCAGCCAGGAGACCUGCGAGCUGGAGAAGAGACUCAGCAUGUUGUCUCAGUGCAGCCUGGCCAGCAGCUCAUCCUCCACUUACAGCUGCAGCACAUCUGUUGCCGGGGACGACCACAGCUUCUCCAGCUCCUCAUCCAGUCAGUCGGAUGCAAGUUACGGAAACAGGUUUCCGUUCUGGGCGGAGCCCCCGGUCAGAUCGCACCUUUCCAACGAGACGUCGUCGAGCUCCUCCACGCUGAAGGCUUUGACCCGGUCAGACGACAGACUGUACGGCGCUGCCAGGGACGGCUCAGGGAGCCAUCAGUCUUCUGCGCAGCGCCAACCUUGGGGGCUUAAUGACUGCGACCGCCAGAGCUCCUUAGACAGUGGGAUUGGAAUAGCGACAGGCAGUCAGUCAUCGUAUUCUGGGAGCUAUUCUUCAUGCAAUGGGAGUCUGGACAUGGCCAGCCGAGGAGGAGGAGGAAGAGAGGACGAUGAGUCAGUGGUCAGCCCUCCUGCUCCUUUCAAUCCCCCUUCUUCACCUCCUCCAAUGCCUCCUUCAUCACCUUUUCAGCCCACGGUCGUUCCGGAGCGCACAUGCCCAUCCAGGUGCGCCUCCCAAGCAUCUCGCAGACACAGCGCUGAGUACCAGAUCCCCAGCCUGCUCAGACGGUGGUAUGACACGCCCAGGAGUCUUCUUCAGGCCCUGACGCUGAGGGAACCAUCUGCCCAGAAAGCUCCACCAGACCUGGGAGGCAAGGCCUGCGCCGGCGGCGGUCAGGAACAGAUGUUAAUGAGAGGUCCCAGUAAACUGAGGGCUCAGUGUCAGUGGAUGAUGCAGCGCUCACACUCCUGGGGCAGUGAGAAGGCGCCCCCUGUGGACAGUGAAGGAGGGUCCUCACCCAGGGCCCAGGCGGCCUCAAGCAGCUCGGUUCCAGCAGAAACGCAGGAACAUGGCUCCUUAUUAACAGAUCUUUCUUCUGUCUUUUCGACCAAGACACAAGGAGAGACACACGGAGACGGUGAGGGCGUUGAGGUCAAAGGUCUGGAUAGGACGAUGUCCGGUUCACCACCUUCAGCUCCUCCUCCACCUCCUCCGCUAACGCUUAGUACGCUCAGAACGAUAUCAGCAUGUGCUAUGUUCCCAUCUGUCCAAGAAUCUCAUCCGUCUCCAUCCACUGGCCUUCACAGAGACUAUGGUGGUAACUACGUUAACAUCCCCUCUACUGCCCUUCAGGCCACGACUACAGAGCUGCUGUACUCGCAGCUGAACCUGCACAGCUCAGCUCAUGAGUCCAGUCCAUACAGAGCUGUGAGACAUGACCUCCUGCAGCUCUACAGACACAAAGAUGACUCCAUUAGGUACGCCCACCUCGACAUCGCUGCCAUGGAAACAGCUCAGAGAGUGGGGGCGGAGCAUGUUCAGGGCAGAGAGGACAGGCUGACUCAGCUGGAGAGCAGGUGGCGAGGGCCACUGAACUGACUCUGCGACGCCCAACUCCAAAAGCACUUCAGAGUGGUUUUCCACCGCAGCCCGCUCCCAGUCGGUCGGACCGAUCGCUGCUGCACUUACACACCCACAGGUUCACCGGCGCAGUCGUUUCCACAAGCAAUUCAUUCCACUACAAGCAAGAAAAUGUGUGGGAGGUCUUUCUGCUGCCGUCGUCUUGUAAAGUGCAACUUGUUUUUUAAAUUAGUGUUUGACAGAAAUUUGACUGCAUGGCACUUAACUUAAGGAAUUUAGUUUGUUUUUUACGCCAGGUUGGCACAUUUGUUAAAAACUGACGUAAUUAGGAAGGAACGGCACCAAAGUCAUGGUUGAUUUAGACAAACAAAAGCAGGGUGCCAUGAUGUGUUGAGCUGAGAUGACAUUUAUAAACAGCCGCCGUUAGAGUUUGCAGCAGGAUGUGAUCUCACAAUGAGAUCAAGCCCUCCUCGUUGCACUGAAACCAACAAUCGACUGUAAAGAGUCCCAACUCGCCGAGCUAUCAUUCCGCAUCAAAGUGGCGAAGCGUUCGAUUGAAAUAAGCGGCUUAGAGUUGGAUCCCCGGUGCAAAUGACAUUAAUCCGAGCCCAUGUGGGCCGAGCAGGACACGGCUGAGCAAUCAGCCGGUCGCUGACAUUAUUCAUCACAGCAAUCAAUGGUUCUGCUGCAGUGGCUCUCGGAGGGGAGCCGCGGCUGAAUGGGGGGGAAAGCGCAAUUUGGGUUUCAGCUGCUCCUGCUUUCUAACACAAGAAGCGAUUUGAUAUUUGGCGAAUUCAAAUUACAGCUACAGUUUUCUACCUAAUGUCUCUGUGGAAAAAACAAGAUGAUGUGUGAUGAACAUAUAAUAAUGUUACUUCUGUAGGACUUGUAAAUAUUAGCUGCUUGUUUUCCAAAAAAAAA